CCUAAGUCACCCAUUCUGCCCCCUCUCUCUUUCUCACUCUCCCUCCGCUCUCUCUCUCUCUCUCUGAACUCCCGCUGUCGACCCCUCCAUCUCCGUCUCCAGUCGUCGCCUCUGGUCGUCGUCGUCGUCUCCGGUCGUCCUCGCCGCGUUCUGUUGUUCGAUUCUAAAAGCUGCCGGUAAUUAAAGCUAAUCUUCCUUGACACAAAGUGGGAUCAUAUCAUCACCACAGCAAUUUGGGGAAAUUAAUCGUGGUUUUCCCAAAAGGGCAGUUAUCUUAUCUGGAAGCUGCUAUAGAAUGGGUGAAUCUUUUACUAUUCAGAUUAGCAGCAAACUAGUCAAACAGCUUGCAGAUGAAGGUGAGAAGAAGAAGAAAACAAGGAAAUCAAAAACGAGGAUACCACGUGACUCACAAAAAGCUCAACCUAAAGUACAGCAAAAGCAGAUUUCAGAUGACAUUGAAACUCCAAGAGGAACUGCAGCCUUGGAUUGGCGGGUUCAGCCUCCAUUAUUUCUGCCCGUAUCCCCUCCUUCACACUCUGCUAAUGCAGAGUUAAAUGCCAUCCGUUCUGCUGUUCAAGAAAGUGAGAAAGUUUUGGAGAGAUUGCAGAAGCAGGAGCAAGUCAUGGUGCAGGAAGUAACACAAAGAGCUAAGGAUCUCCGUGAUAAGGAGUUCAAGCUUCCGCAACAGAAGCCCCCACCCUGUUUAGAGGAGAAAGAUGCUUGCUUUGAAUGCUACCAGGAACAUGUCAAGGCCCCCCUGAAAUGUGCGAAUCUGGUAAAAAAUUAUGCAGACUGUGUUCGCAUUAGCAGGCAACAAGUGAGUUGGACAGCUAAGUAGGCUAGCCGAAGAACAUCUUUUUGAUCUUUCACGCCAGGUGCAAAGAUAAUUGAUAGUUUUGAGUAAUCUUGGGAUCUUUUGUCAUGCCAAUGAGCCAAGAAUUGUCUUGAUUGUGCUCAGUUUGAAUGCUUUGUUAUGGUUUCUCUGUCAAGAUUUUUGCUCACUUUCUGCAGGCUAGAACUGCGUCCUUUUUCACAGAUGUAAAGUGGGUAGUUUUUCCCAUUGAAUUAUCUUCCGAGAUGAUGAUGGAAAAACUUGGAUUAACUAGAUGCACUCUUCAUUGGCCUGAUCUAUUAUGGCCUAUUAAUAAUUCCAGUGCAGUGUUGCAGCA